CUCGUUCUCGAAGUUGGCCCGAUCAAGAAGAGGCGGUGCGAUGCGAAUGCGCUCUCUCUCUGGGCAGUAGCGCCAUCUCGUUUCUUUCAGUUAGGGAAAGAUGGCUUCCACAAGGAGAAACAGAGCAAUGGCAAUCGAGAAACGUAUUCGUGCAGCGACCUCAAGUAGGAACCUGAAUUUGGGAAGUUCGGGUCAUGGAAUCAGUCGAUGUGAGGGUGAAGUUGGCGAAUUUGGAUGUUGUUAUCGCCGAGCAUUGAUGAGGAAUCAUGAGAAUUUUAGAAAGAGUAGGGCACCUUCUAGGUUUAUGUUUUAUAAAGAUUGUCAAUGGAAUGACUACCCAGAUGAGACUCUAAGUGUCUUGAAAGAUGGAUUUGUGAAUGGGAGAGCUGCAGUGUACCUAGAGACGGACGGUGGCUGCUUCAUUGUUGAUUUCCUGCGGAUGUUUGAGGUCGACCUGGGACAGGGGUCUCAUAGAUCGGUUGCUUGGAUUGAUGUAGAAGGACACUGUUUCUUCCCUGAACUAUUUUCAGAAGAAGGUUCUGGGGAGAGUUGCGAUUCGGAUCCUAACAUGGAAAUCCAGUUGAGAGUUCGUCGUGAAGCUGAUGCUCUUGAUGCGGCUGAAUCUGACGCUGUAAUGCCUACUCCAAGAGAAGAAUUGCAAUCAGCACCAUAUGAGUCUCGCGUACAAGGUGGUGUCUCUCCUGAUUUGGUUCCACAAAACGUUCCCUCCCUGAAAGGAUUGCUGUUGAGAUUGAAAGAAACUGACAGGGCGCAUAACAUAGUUAAGAAUGUAUUCCUUAGAGGAAUGAGAAACUCGUCGUCGAAGGCCUAUGUCACUGCUGUAUAUAGAUGUUGUACGGGGGCUCGUCUUCAAGAUUUUAAGAGGAUGGCGGAAAGAACAGAGGCUGCUCGUGGGCAUGCUAAUGUAAGAUACGCUUGGUAUGUAACUACAGUGAAGGAUGCAGGCAAAAUUGUAAUGCAUGGUUUUGGGAAGUCCAAUCUAUGUUGGGGGCCUGGAUCUUUUGGCAUUGGCAUCAAUCUGUUUCCUGCAAGUUGUUCAUAUUUGAGUGCAUCCGCAGCAGAAACUGAUAUUAAUGGUGACCAUCACAUCAUACUAUGUCGCGUGAUAAUGGGUAAUGUUGAGGAAGUUCAGUUUGGAUCUGAACAAGCCUGUCCGAGCUGUGACGAGUUUGAUAAUGGUGUGGAUGAUGCCUUGAAUACAAAGAGGUAUAUUUUGUGGAGUACUAAUAUGAAUUCGCAUAUUCUUCCCGAGUGUGUUUUGACUUUCAGGGAUUAUCUUCACCCGAAAGGAGCUGGAAGCACCAGAAAAUCAAUGGAAGAGACAUUUCACAAUUGUGCAGCACCGUAUGGUGAUCCUAAUGGAACAAAUGCAGCUUUGGAACAUAAUAAUAUACGAUAUUCAGCUCGGAGAUCGAAGAUGUCAUUUCCGUUUCUGUUUGCCGAAUUAGAGAAGUCAAUUCCCUUCCCUAAGACCAAAGCUUUGGACUUCUUAUAUAAUGGUUACAAGGCUGGGAAAAUCCGCAAGAAUAUUUUCAUUGCAAAAGUGAGGUCAAUUGUUGGUGAUCGGCUGCUGGUUUCAACAAUCAAGAGCAUCACGAGACAAAGCUGAAUGGAAGUUUGUGGAAUAGGUUGCUCUUCUUUCUUUCUGUGGCAGCUAGGGAAUCACGGAGAUGGAGACACUGAGCUGCUGGUCCUAAAGGAGAAAUUUGAGAUAAGAGGGUCUUUUGCCUUCUUUUUGUUUUCUUUCUUGUUUUCUUCCGUCUGGAACUUUGAGAUCUCCAAAUGCGUGAAGAAUGAAGAAAAGCAGCUAAUCGUCUUAGUGCAUUUCUCAUUGGAUGUAAUAGGGGAAGUACCAUAUCAUCGCUGGUCCUUUUGAGGUGUGUGUAAACCAGUGUGUGUGUGAGCAACAAAAUAUAAAAAUGAAGAUUGAAGAAGAAUAAUUUUGAUUACUGUAA